AUGACAGAUAAAGGAGCCAAACUAUGUCUACGAACUCAGCCAGUGCAGACAUACGGCGAUGGGAUUAUGGAAUAUGACCUAUCCGGAAGGAUAGUUUGGAACGGGUUGCUUCAAUCGAUCCUCCCAAAGAUCGAAGCCAAUUCAUCAAUAACUUAUACGUUGCCAGUCUGUUUUUUAUCACGGGGUGACUUUCAAUUCCUUUACCAUUGCGAGGAUGUUGAAACUCGCUCUGUAUACUUCGAUUCUCAGCCAUUAGUGGUUGAAGUUGUUGAUCGCCUGUCAUAA